AUGCCCUGCAAGCAGCUCUGGGUGCGGAGCUCCCGGGAGAUUGACACCUCCGAAAUGCCUGAGUGCAUUGCUAGAAUGACACCGGCGGCACAGCUACCAGCUACCGAGAAGAGAAAGGAUACCAAGUUUCAGACCUCCCUGCGCAGGCUGCUGGGCAGCUGCGAAUUCAUGACGCUUGUGAUCUGCAUCAUCUCCACCAACGCCAUCUCCCUGGCCGUGGAGACCAACUGCCGCUGCCGGGUGUGCUGGGCUACCUUUAUCGAGCUCGCAUUUGAAAUGGUCCCUGUGGGCAGAGGGACGUUGUUGAGGACAUUUAAUAUGAAAGUGCUGGCUUGGCACACGGCAUCUGGCAGCCACAGGCAGCUGCCCGGGCUCACCUCCUCCUCUCUCCAAGUCACAGAUGCUUUCUUCAUCGCUGUUCACACCACCGAGCUUUUGCUGAAGCUGUACACGGAUCCCAUUGCCUACUGGAAGGCCGGCUACAGCAUCUUGGAUGCCGCCAUCCUCCUCAUUGUCUUCCUCCCGCAUGUCUCGCCCGCAGACAUCGCCACGCACACCCACCUGGAGGGGACGACCAAAGGUCUCCAGACCCUCUGCAUGCUCAAGCUCAUCAAGUACAGCAGCGGGAUGAGGGUUUUCACAGAGACUCUUGGCCAGACAAUGACGUACGCCCUCAUCCUGCUGUUCCUGCUGAUGUUUGUGUUUGCCAUCUUGGGACAUGGAUGGUAUGGAGAUCCCAAAACUGGACAUUGAAACUGGGGCAGUGUGAAGGCUGCCCUCUUCACGCUCUUCAGUUUAGUAACCGUUGAUGGUUGGACAGACUUACAGCGCAAGAUGGAUCAUUAUGGGUUUACGAGCAGCCACAUGUUCAUAGUCGUGUUCAUCUUGCUGGGCAACUUCAUCUUCUUCAAUGUGUCGAUUGCACUUGUGAUUACCAAAACCCAGGUCAUGCGAGCUCUGAGCAUUGCACGCGUGUCUGUGAGCGGUGCUUGGGGACUCGCUCGCAUCCCUGUGGUUUGGCACUGGCAGGACUUGGCUCAGAAGCAUGAACAGGACUGCAAAGUGGCGAAAGCGGCUGCUGUCUGGGCCAAGAAACAGAAGAUCCUGAAAAAGCAGGGGAAGAACGUGAGCAACCAAGUCACGCUCGAGCAGGUGGGCUGUGGUGAAGAUUUCAGUGAGCUGCUGGAUGACAUCAAAAAGACUUUGCGCCACUCUGAUAUCAUCAUUAUGGAGGGUUUUUGUUUCACCAUCCCAUUUAUUGAUCUGUAUUUGCCAUUCCUGGACCUCCAGGAUGACACAGUGAAUGGGUUGCAACUUCACUAUUACAAACAUGCUGGCAUAUUGAGAGAGAUUGUGGAAGUCAUGAAAGAAAAAUCUUUACCACAUCAUGAGAAGAUGAAAAGAUAA